GACGCGCCGCGCGUGGACAGAACCGCGCGGGGGCGUGGGGACCUCCAGUUCCAUCAUGGCUCACAGGCCCAAAAGGACUUUCCGGCAGCGCCGAGCUGACUCCAGUGACAGCGACGGCAGCCAGGAGCCUCUUGCUGAGCCGGGGGAGCCGAGGCCCGCGGAGGAAGAGCCGCCUGAAGGACGCGGCGCAGCGGUGGCGGAGGGGCCGCUUGGGCGGAGGGGCCGGCGGGGCCGGCGGGGCGGCGUGUGGGCGAGCUCCCGGCGCGCGGCAACCCCGGCCCGGGACGACUUGGCCUCGGGCGCUACAGAAUCCAGAACAGUUGACCUUUCAGCAGAUGAAGAGGAUGUGACUUGUCAUUCCUCAGAAAGUAAGGCUGAACGGAGUUCAUCUUCUGAAAGCUCUAGUUCUCAGGAAGAAACGGAAUUUUCAUCAAUAGUAACUAUCCCAGAUGCCACUUUCAUUAGGGCAGCCCGCAGAAAACGUGAAUUGGCCAGGACCCAAGAUUAUAUUUCUUUGGAUACAAAAUAUAGCUCUACCAUCUCUGGUAUAAAGCAAACGAAUGAUGAAGAUCCUGAAAGUGAACCUGAUGAUCAUGAAAAGAGAAUACCAUUUACCUCAAGGGCUCAGACACUGAGACAAAGACUAGCUGAAGAAACAAGAACCAGAAAUGAAGAAGCAAGUGAAGAAAGUCAGGAAGAUGAAAAUCAAGAUACUUGGGAACAGCAGCAAAUGAGGAAAGCAGUUAAAAUCACAGAGGGACGAAACAUAAAUCUUUCCCACAGCAGUGAAUGUCAAAUAGUGAAGAAGUUUGAUACUUCCAUCUCAUUUCCACCAGUAAGUUUAGAAAUUAUAAAGAAGCAAUUAAAUAGAAGAUUAACAUUACUACAGGAGACUCACCAUUCACACCUGAGAGAAUAUGAAAAAUACAUAGAAGAUGUCAAGAACUCAAAGAGUGCCAUUCAGAAGCUAGAAAAUUCAUCAAGUGAAACCCAAAGUUUUAAAUUCUAUAAAACUAUGAAAAUUUAUGUGGACAAUUUAAUUAGCUUUCUCGAUGAAAAGAUUAUCAACAUGCAAGAAAUAGAAUCAUCCAUGCAUGCACUCCUUUUAAAACAAUCUAUGGCCAUUAUGAAACGCAGACAAGAUGAAUUAAAACAUGAAUCAUCGUACUUACAACAGUUAUGCAAAGCUGAAACAUCCACAAAUGGAAGUGUGACUACAGAUGAAAAAACUCAGUGGAUUUUAGAAGAGAUUGAAUCUCGAAGAGUACAAAGAAGAGAAGCAAGGGCACUUUCUGGAAAUUGUAGUCAUCAGGAAGGAACAUCUAGUGAUGAAGAACUAUCUUUACCAGAUAUGAAUGACUUCAAAAAAAGCCAAGGUGAUAUUUUGCAGGCUCAUAAGAAGAUUUUUGAAGAUGUGCAUGAUGACUUUUGUAAAAUCCAGAAUGUUUUGUUGAAAUUUCAGCAAUGGCGAGAAAAGUUUCCUGAUUCUUACUAUGAAGCUUUCAUUAGUUUAUGUAUACCAAAACUCUUAAGCCCUCUAAUACGAGUUCAAUUGAUUGAUUGGAAUCCUCUUCAGUUUGAUUCCAUAGGUUUAAAACAGAUGUCAUGGUUCACUCCUGUUGAAGAAUUUAUGGCUAACAGUAUGAAAAAUUCAAAGAAUGAAGAUAAUUCUGAUAAGAAAAUCUUGUCUGCCAUCAUCAACAAAACAGUUAUUCCUCGACUCACAGACUUCACAGAAUUCAUAUGGGAUCCCUUAUCAACCUCACAGACGUCAAGUUUAAUAAUGCACUGCAGAGUGGUUCUUGAACAUUCCACUUCUGAAAAUGAAGUUAAUAAAAGCAAACAGGAUUUACUUAAAUCUAUCAUUUCAAGAAUGAAGAAGGCUAUAGAAGAUGAUGUUUUUAUUCCUUUGUAUCCAAAGAGUUUUGUAGAAAAUAAAACAUCACCACAUUCAAGGUUCCAAGAAAGACAGUUCUGGUCAGGCGUAAAGCUAUUCCAAAAUAUCCUUCUUUGGAAUGGACUUCUCCCAGAUGAAACUUUGCAAGAACUAGGACUGGGAAAACUGCUUAAUCGUUACCUUAUUAUAGUUCUUCUUAAUGCCACACCUGGGCCAGCUGUUGUAAAAAAGUGCAACCAGAUAGCAGUAUAUUUACCAGAAAAAUGGUUUGAGAAUUCUGCCAUGAGAACAUCUAUCCCUCCACUAGAAAACUUCAUCCAGUUUUUAUUGCAAUCUGCACAUAAAUUAUAUGAAAGUGAACUCAGGGAAGAAGUCAAAGAAAUAAUUCUUAUUCUAGUGAAAAUAAAAGCUUUAAAUCAAGCAGAAUCCUUCAUUGAAGAACAUCACCUAGAUCAUCUUAAAUCAGUAUUUAUAGAAGCUUGAGUAAAUUUUAUAGGCAAAUACUGAGAUUUCAGUAUAGUUACACUUGACUCCCUUGCUUGGGGAGAAAAUGCAGGAUCACAAAGUAAUGAAACAUUAACUGCAUAAGGCAUUUUAGGUCUUGUUAGAUAUUGUCACUGUUCUUCAGUAAUCUGUACCAAUGUAUUUAUUCACAGGUGUAUCAGGUAAAUAAAUUUGCAGUGAACUGUUUAUUCUCUAAUAUCUAAUAGCCAAAACAAGAUACUUUGGCCAUUUGUAAAACUUUUGAAAUACAGAUUGAUCUUUGUUUAUGGGUUUGUAGAACUUAGAAUUUUAAGGAUAUUGAUGUUUUACCCGACUUACUCUUUCAUUAAAGUUUUUGUCAUUGGUGGUAGAAACAGGUAUGUUAAAUAGAACAUGUGAUCAGAAAAACUGAGAAAAUUUUUAAUGAACAACUCAAGUAAACUUAAAUAUCUUGUGAUUUAGGGGAUAACUAAUUAUUACCCCCAAAAUCAUACUGCAGGAGUAAAGCAAUGACCUCUGACAUCAUGACUUCUAGUUUGAAAGCUGUAGAUAAUACACUAGCAGUUUGACAAGUUACAUGUACUGCAGCGGCCUUGUGUUUUGUCUGUGUGUGUGUGUUUUUAAGUUUUAAUUACAUUAUAUGGAGAUAGAAUCUCAUUUAGAAAAUUCAAGCCACUGCUGGAAAGCAUUUCUAUCUACACCAUUAGGCUUAACUGCUGUGUUGUUUGUUUUGUUUUUUAGUAUAAUCAUUUUGGGCCUAUUCUAGUGUUUAUAUAAUUUAAAACAUAUUUUUAUACAUAAGCUUCAAAUAUUUAUUACAUAUGAAUUUUGUAUUUUUAAUAUUAAAACUUACAUGUGGAAAUCUU